AUGGCGGAGCGGCAGGAGGCUCUGAGGGAGUUCGUGGCGGUGACGGGUACCGAGGACGACCGGGCUCGCUUCUUCCUGGAGUCGGCCGGCUGGGAUCUGCAGAUCGCCCUAGCGAGCUUUUAUGAGGAUGGAGGGGACGAAGACAUUGUGACCAUUGCGCAGGCAGCCCCCAGUUCGUUACCCAGAGGCACAGGCCCCAGCGAUAACAGGGUAACUUCCUUCAAAGACCUCAUUCAUGACCAAGAUGAAGAUGAGGAAGAGGAAGAAGGCCAGAGGUUUUAUGCCGGAGGCUCAGAGAGAAGUGGACAACAGAUUGUUGGCCCUCCGAGGAAGAAAAGUCCCAAUGAGCUGGUGGAUGAUCUGUUUAAAGGUGCCAAGGAACAUGGAGCUGUAGCUGUGGAGCAAAUGACCAGGAGCCCUGGAGAGACCAGUAAACCAAAACCAUUUGCUGGGGGUGGCUACCGCCUUGGGGCAGCACCAGAGGAAGAGUCUGCUUACGUAGCAGGAGAAAGGAGGCGGCAUUCCAGCCACGAUGUUCAUAUAGUGUUGAAGCUCUGGAAGAGUGGAUUCAGCCUGGACAAUGGUGAACUCAGAAGCUACCAAGACCCAUCUAAUGCCCAGUUUCUGGAAUCAAUCCGCAGAGGGGAGGUGCCAGCAGAGCUCCGGAGGUUAGCUCAUGGUGGGCAGGUGAAUUUGGACAUGGAGGACCAUCGAGAUGAGGACUUUGUGAAGCCCAAAGGAUCCUUCAAAGCCUUCACUGGCGAGGGUCAGAAACUGGGCAGCACUGCACCCCAGGUAUUGAAUACUGACUUUCCAGCCCAGCAAGCAGAAAAUGAAGCCAAAGCCAGCUCUUCUGUCUCAAUCGACGAGUCACAACCUACCACAAACAUCCAAAUACGGCUUGCUGAUGGCGGGAGGCUGGUGCAGAAAUUUAAUCACAGCCACAGGAUCAGUGACAUCCGACUCUUCAUUGUGGACGCCCGGCCGGCCAUGGCCGCCACCAGCUUUGUCCUCAUGACUACUUUCCCGAACACAGAGCUGGCUGAUGAGAACCAGACCCUUAAGGAAGCCAACCUGCUCAACGCCGUCAUCGUGCAGCGAUUAACAUAA